CUACCAGCAGAAUACUUGGCGAGUAUGGGUCUGCCAUCGAAACCUGGUCCGUCGAAGGCUCGUGAUGACAGCGAAGAGCAUUCGGAUGGCGACGAAUCUGAGAAUGAAGAUUUGGAUGAAACAACAACUGAUGGUGAUUCGGAGGGAGAUGGUGAAGAGGCAGAGGGGGGAGAUGAAGAUGGAAAGAAGGAUACUUCGAAGGCAGAUCAGCGAAUCCCUUCAGAGAGUGGAGAACCUCCGCCGAAGAAAAAGAAAUCUCCUGAUCAA